CAACCAAAGCACCGUUUUAGUACAGGAUUCGGAAAACCAGAUUUUCCUGAAUCAAUUACAUUAUCAACAACGCUUGCUGAUCUGGUGGGAAUUGAUUCGUGGUUCUUGUUUGACAUCCUGCAGGUAGACUCCGAGUUUGUGACUGAGAACAUUGUGAACUGGCCUAGUUGUGCUUCAUAUCAGGUUUCGAUGAUUAACAUUCAAGCAUUGAAUGUGGUGAAUGACAGUGCGGAGAGAGGGAUGAAUCAACAGCCAAGUGUGGAAAACAUUAUUAAAAUGUCUUUCAGGUUGUUGAGAAAGACCAGAAAUGCGGCCAAACAUUAGAAAACGCAAGAAAUGAGUAGAAUGACUGACUGACACUGUUUUCAUUGGCGUUUGACCGGCUUUUGUUCAAACUCAAGUUUAUACAAGUAUUCUUAAUUUGUUAGCGUCACUGUUUGCUGUGUAACUGCCUAUCAUAAUAAGUGUUUUAGCUCAAUAAAUGAGCUUUGUUUAAUUAAAAAGCUUAAUUACCUUAGUUUUAGAACAUGUUAAUUAAUUUUAAAUGUAACUAAUUUUCCGAUUAUAUCCAAAACUUUGUUUGCUUGGUGGACCACCUAGAUAACGUUCAAAUUUUCUGAAACUGCAUCAAAAAUGUUGUUUUGCAUGCUCAAAAAAUAAUUCAACUAACAAUCGAUUUAAAAGCAAAAGAUGAUUUAAUUCUACAAAAAGAUUUAAUUAUUCGAGAAAAUCAAAAUCAAAUGGAUAGUGUUCUUUCAGAAAAUGGACAGCUAAAUUCACUUAUUGCUGACUUGGAGCUGCUAACCAGGCAAUUAAGGAUGAGCACCAGGCUCUUCAAAUGCUUUGCAAUUCAACAGAAGAAAAGUAUAAAAAUCUACAGUUUGAAUACCAAGAGUUGGUACAAAGGUGUAUGCAUCUAAAAGCAUUAGAAGCAGAUCUUCUUAACAUGCAAAAUGAAGUUUUGCCUAGUAGGAGGCAACAAAAGCUUCAACAAGAAUUGAUCGAUGCAGCAAAUGAACCUAUUUUUCUACCACCUGUAUCAUUGAGCCCUGAAAUUGGUAAGAGAUCUUCAAGCUAUUCUAACCUAGGAAUGAUCUGCUUAACUUCUGUCCCAGAUCGACCCACACAAUCAACAGAAAAAAAUUUGGAAAAAGGAUAUCAAACUUUCUGGUUUUAUUCUACUUUGCAGGAGUGCCAUGAAGGAGAAGUCAUGACAGUGCGUUUUAGUCCUUCUGGAAAAUACUUUGUAACAGGUGGUUCAGAUCGAAAAGUUCAAAUCUGGGAAAUAGAUGGAAGAGGUGCAUUUAAGGAGUUAGCAAUUUUAACUGGUUGUCGACAAUCUGUAACUUGUACAAGAUUUGAUCUUUUGGAAAAAUUGAUCUUGGCUUCGUCAAAUGAUAAUGCUUGUUGGAUAUGGAGUAUAAAUGAUUUAAGAUUACGAGCACUAAAACAAUCUUUGCAGGAUCCAGUUGUAAUGAUCUUGUUACAUCAGACAUUGCAGGUACUACUAUCAUUAGUGGCCAUUUUGAUAAAAAAAUUCGCUUCUGGGAUAUAAGAUGUGAUCAAAACUCUAAUGAGAUUCAGCUUCAAGGCAAAGUUGCAUCUUUAGACUUGUCCCAAGCCCGGAUGCUCAAUAUGCUUUAUGUGGGUCACAUGACAACAAUAUUUAUGUAUGGAAUACACGCACAAACCAACUCGAUAAAGUUCUUAAGGAACAUAAGAGCGCUGUUAUUGCAACAGCAUGGCAUCCGCAUGGAUCUAGUAUUUUAUCAAGCGACAAAAAUAAGCACGUUAUUUUGUGGAAUGACUUUUGAAAAUGAUUUUCAAAUACGGUUUGGAGUGCUUUGAGAAUCCAAAAGCAACGUUGUCAGUUAAAUAGUUCCCGCUUUAGAUCUAAUAUGGCGCACUUUGGUUUAAUAUCAAUGUAGAUUCUUAUUGUUUUUGUGGUGUGCAUCUGCUGGUGUUAAUCGUUUUUGUUAAAACAGUUUUAUAUCUUAAAUACUAUUCCUGUUGGCUAUAUACCCUCAAGUUGUUGCUAUUAACAUCAAUGUGUAUUGUUUGAAUGGAUAUUUAGUAAAUAAAUAGAGUAUAAAUGGUAUUAAAAGUAACCGAGUUUAGCAAAAAAACUAGAAAUUGAAUUACGAUCAGAGAUCGUAAUUAAACUCUUUGUGUAUGAUCAAUAUGAUAAAAAAAAACUUUAAAACUUUUGAAAAGGGCUAGAUAAUUUUUGCUAUUAGUAAAUGUUUUAACUUUUUAUAUUUAGCAAAAAAGUUUUAUAUUAUGUUCGCUAAGCUCAUACAUAAAAUCAAAUUAAUUGGUUGUUAGAAACGUUUACGGUAUGCCAUCUUCAUUAUGUACGAGAGAUUUCACGUAGCUGGCAGAUUAUACGUACGAAUCGGAUUUCUGUAUUUCUUGAAGCCUCAAGAGAAUUUUAUUAAACUUAUUUUUAAUCUUUUUGACAAAUUUUAUGAAUAAUUACUGUUUAAUAUUUUGUAUAUUAGUAUACAGAACUUUUCGUUUUGAUAUUUAUAUAGAGUAUAAUUGUAUGAUAUGAAAUCUCUAAGAAUUAUAUCCAAUUUUGUAUUGAAA